AGGACAACGAAAAAAGAUUAUAGGAUUAUUAUAUACAGGGAAAUGAGUGAAGGAAUCCUCGAUUUGGUUACUCUUACAACGAUACUCGUAGCUAAGUACACAAGGGAAAAUCAAAUACAAAGCGAAAGUAAACAUAGCCUUGAGCUGUGGUAACUCCUUAUACAUAGACGUGUUUCAUAAAGAACAUUUUCUUCUUCGAAAUCAUUCAUACUCACAUACAUAGAUAGAGAAAUCGAAGACCACAACAUCAUACAUAUUACAACUAAGUAUCACACUUAAAAAAAAAUAUAAGAGUUCUUUCCUUAUAUAAAGUGAUUUGUUCGUUACGGAGCAGCAAGAUGGCGGCGUUAGGUUCGUUCAUCCUUCGUGGUAGCACUGCUGCCAGCUUGUUGGCGACAACCACGACCUUCUGGCUUAGUGCUUUCCCUCGCACAGUCGUCGCCGAGACCAACGUCGUUCAGAAGUGGGAACAGUGCAGCGAUCUCGGAUACCAAACACCUUCAGCCAAGACUGGUCCUGAUGACGUCAAUUCUCACGCUCGCACCAUCGCUGAUUUGACUUUGCGCAAGCUUCAGGAACCUCAGCGUUGGGAAGAUCGAGCUGUGUUGCACCCUGGCAUGUUUGAGGAGGUUUUCGUCAGAGCCUUCGGAGAAUCGUUGGUCUCAGUCGGCCAAGAAUGGGAUGAAGAACGACGUGCGAAAAAGUUUGGAGAGGGUGAUACUGAAGGAACUGCUAAGAUUCCUUCGUGGCACAACAUUGCCGAACGCGUCGCGCCGUACGACGAUACGUUGGGGCAGACGAUGCACUUUAUUGGCCAAUACGCGCUGGUGCGCAUGGCCAAGUCGUCGCUGAGCGACCUGAAAACCGUGUGGGACCAUCUCUUAAGGGUUACAACCACAUUGCAUGCUUCACUAGCAGCUGCCCCAGCUUGUUUUCCGUCAGUAGGACGGGGGUCAGAUAUGAUCUGAAGUAUGCAAUGUCGCAGCGGCCUCUAAUUCUUGCGAAGUCUGUGAUGAAGCAGCUGGUCGAGAAGUUUUCGGAAGUCUGGGAUGGCAUCGAGAAUUACUUGCAGACGCUCAAGAAGGCGUUUGAAGAGGAUACGUUGAAACCGUUGAUCGAUCACUACAGAAAUGGAGGACCGUUGAAACUGGUGUCUCUUCUUUCGUCUACUUCGUCGCAUUCUCAGGCUACUCAGUCUCAGCAUGCUCAGGAUAGUACCAUCACGACGAGCACGACAACAACUGCCGAACGCGGUGAAGAUGCUACAACGCAUUCAGGAUCUGGGAACAAGAGGAAGAUGAAGUUUUCUACGUUUACCAGUGUGUCUUCAGCACAAAGAACAAACUCGAUGGAAACCGCACCACAAGUAGUUCCUCUUCAGCUGAAGCAACAUGAGGCCGCUCCGAUUUCGAUCGGAAAUAUGAGUGGUACAUCAAUCAUGUUACCAGAAAAUCCUGCUGAGGCUUCCUUGCAGAAAUCGUUCCGCAAGCUCUUGUCUGGCGGAAAGAAUGGUUACGAGAUCAACGUCGAUGGGGAUGGAAAGCCUUUGUCGCAUCAUGUUAAGGCUGUACCUAAUACAUCUUUCGACGCAUCCUUGGAACGUAUGGAGGAGUAUCCCAAGGGAGUACUCCCCCAUACUUUUCAAGGAUGCACUUGAAAGAUGAAUUUCGGACAGCUCUAACCAUGGGAAGAAGAUGAUUACUGAACAGAAAGACGGCGCGUGGAUAACCAGAUUUGAGAAAGAUGGACCACAGCAUAUGGAAGAAGAAGGUUCCUUCGAUCCCGAUGAUGUGAAGAUGGAGAAAGAUCCUGCUAUAAAGUUUUGGCACAUCCCUGGAGCCGCCGGUAUCAUCGGCACGUGGCCGAUUGUUCGACCAGGUCAGGAUAACGCAGACCGAGAUAAGGUCUUCGGCGAGUUUGUGACGUUUUUCAGGCAAACGGUGAUCCCAGAGCAUAGUUGGUACACCUUGUCCCCGAAUGCUUGGUCGCAUCUGCGUUGCGGCGCUGGCAGUACCAUUCUCGGCUUUGAGGGUGAAAUCGUCGUCACCGCCUUGCGAAUGCUAGAGGCAAAACUUCCUCCUAUCGUCGAAAACGCGCUUGCACAAAGUGUCAGGCUGUAUUUCAUGCCGAAUCCCGUCGUUCGGGAAUUCUUUGGCGACCUACGUAGAACGCUGAUCACUUCGAAAGUCGUGGAGGUUAUCAAGGCUGCAUUAGAGGUGGAUGAAGAUACAGAAUUUUGGAAGUAUGUUCUCGGGUGGUCCACAGAGGAUUUGCAAUUGGCAAAACGUUUGUUGCUAUGGGCAAAAGAUUGUUGAUCAUAAGGUGUUCGGAUGAACAAGAAUUAGUAGUAGUAGGGGUAGUAGCGGAUACGUAUGUAGCUAUACCUAUAGGGUAUCCUAGUAGCCGUAGUCGUCCGAAAAGCUGCUCCCUUCAGUCACUUACCUACACCUGAGUACUUUUUUGUGGUUCUCUUGUCCCUCUAACACCAGACGCAGUUCUCCAAGACUCUGAGAAGCGUAGUGGUGUGAAACAGUGUGGUCCCCUUGCAGAGGCAGUUGCGCGCUUAGAGGACUUGGGUUUGACGCCAAAGGUCGAGAAAGACGACGAUGAAAGCGAAGUUGAUCGUUGGGCUGAGGAAGCUUUGGCCGGUCUAAAGUUCGCGGAGAACAAGUGCCGUAAGGUGUCUCUACAAGAGGCAUUGCAAGUGCUGGUUUUGGGAGUUUUCAACCUGUAUGGGUUUGGACCUCAACUCGUUGUCUCGAACAUGUCCGAUGUGGUGAACAAGGACGACAAUGAAAGUUUGGGUCAAGCUGAAGGCAGCAGUACUAGCACGAGUGUUGCUGCGAAAUUCCGCAUGUUGGUCGCAAGCGCGUGGAGGCCUCAACAUUCUGCAAAACAACACGUAGUUCCUCAGCAUUCUGCAAAACAACACGUAGUUGUUCACGAAACUACAGCGAAUCUUUCUCUUUCUUCUGCUUCCUCCAUUUCGAGUGGUGGAACAACCACGACGAAUCAAAAGUCUCCAUCUUCUAAGACUUCACCUGGAAGUAACGCUGAUGAAGAACCACAACGCGAUGCUUCAUCCGAUUCCAUUAAAGGUGGUGAGAAGAAGGAGGCUGGACGCGACGCGAAGGGAGCUGAUGAUGAAGAUGCUGAUAAGAUCGAUCAGGCCUCUACUGAGAACAAGGAUGACAAGUCAGGAGCUUCUGCGGACAAGCCCGCUGGCCCCGCGGCCGCACAAAAUGACGAUAAAUCUGAUGCGGACGAUGUGAAUAACGAUAAACCUGCGAAGGAUAAAGAUGAGGGGAAGCCCACAACCGAUGACACCAACAAAGCCGGAGCAGACGACAAGAAUGGUGAAGACAAGGAAACAGAGGAUGGCAAGAACGAAGACAAAAAAGCGGAUGAUAGAAAAGAUGACUCUAAAAGCGACCGUGAUGAUGACGCUGCGCCUGAAGUUGACGAUGGUACUUCGGAUAGUACUGACGAUGACGACAAAGUGUCUCCUUCGGAUGAAAAGCGUGGCGUCGUUCUCCGAACAGUGCUCCUCGUGAUCGUGGUGAUGCUAACGUGCAGUUUUCUUCUUGCUCUGGUUUUAUGGCAGCUUUUUUGCAUGGCCAUAGUCCAUAUUCUCUGUGAGAUUGACACCAGAAGAUCGAGUCUUCUAAGUGUUUAGUCCUUUUUGAUUUUCAAUACAAAAUCAUAAGUUUAUAAGUACAUAGAAUACGCGAACCUUCUUCUUAUCUACUAUCGAUAUCGUUAGAACAUGAUGAACAAGAGAAACAAAACGACCUCCCCCUCCUCUUCCUCUUCUAAUACUACUUGCCCUUUGCAAGAAACGUUCGAGUGGUGUGCGAGGGAUCCAUGCAGGCUUGUUUUUUGGUUCAAACGAGGAUGAAGUUCCGAGAACAAACGAUUGGUUCUUUCAGCGAUCCAACAAUGGUAAUGUUGGUGUACCCGCUCAAGGAGGCGUACUUGCGGCCUGAGGUGUAUGUCGAGAACACUAGAGAACUGAAGUUGGAUGCGUACUUGCGGCUUGAGGAUAGUGCGAGGAUGCUGGUAGCAGAUAGACCAAGGUGGAAGUGCUGACUUCAGGAUCUGAUGGGAUGAAGUAAUCAUGUGAUAGGUUUGUAUUAUAGUGCUUAAUACCUCCAGUGAUCAACCCAAAUAUAUCAUUAUCAAUGAUAUUAAAGUUUACGUGAUGCGGCUAGUUUACGUGCUGAUGAACCAGAACGAUUGAUGAAAUAUGGGAGCAAUACCAAGUACGUUCAUAGUAACUGGCAUAGAAACAUAAUUGUUCAGAAAUGACGACAAGAGAUCAGGGACUUCCAUACACAAAUAGAAGACUAAAUUCUGAGGUAGAAAUACUCACCAUGAUGAAGUUUUGAAGUCAACGCUAGUUAUUCUUUGUAUAGUUUUUUCGACCACCAGGAAGACCUUGUUUCGCUGAAACUUUCUUGUAAAAGGUGGCAGCUACACUGAGUCACAUUGAGAAAUAUCUGCAUGCUGAAUACUUCAUUCUCUUUUUCAUCUAGUUGUAACAAAUGAUGUCGGAGCGUGUUAUCUGCAGGGUGACGGGUGGCAAGGACAACGGAAUUCAAAUGUUGAAAGGAGCAGCUCAUGUAGUUUACUAGAGGGCUUCUACGCAAUGCCGAUGAUGCUUUCAUACCACAGUAGAAGAAUCCUCCACACAUCAAAGGAUCUGAAACAAGACACGUGUCGUGAGGAGUAUGAAGAACAUCUGAAGAUAGUGUCCAGCAUAGAAAUCUGCAACCCGUCUUUCUACGGAUAAGUCGUGUGGACCAUAACAGAUAACCAGUACGAUUGCAUGUUUAAGAACUCCAGUGUCGUGUGCUAGUUGCCGCUACAUCUCUGGGGCCUUCCUAUCUUAUCAUGCACACCUUAAACAGGG